AUGACUCCAAGUCCUCAAGCCAUCGGAAACUAUCUCUCAUCCCUCUUUGGCCUUGCGGGCAGGGUUGCCGUCGUUACAGGAGGCAGCUCUGGAAUCGGGCGUGAAAUGGCCAUUGCUCUGGGUCGCGCUGGAUGUCGUCUCGUUCUUGUUGCUCGUCGACCAGAGCCUUUACAAGAAACCAUCAACCAACUCGCUGAAUAUCACGUUGAAGCCACUUCCGUCACGGCAGACUUGGCAGAUCGAGCAUCUCUGAAGGGCGCGAUUGACACCAUCGCCGCGAGUGUCGGAACUCCCGAUAUCCUCGUCAACGCUGCUGGAGUGAACGACCGACCUCACAUGAAUGAUCUCUCUCAAAAAGUUUGGGAUAACACCAUCGCGGCGAACCUCACAGCGCCGUUCAUUCUGGGUCAGGCAUUCGGUCCCAAGAUGGCAUCAAAGGGAUAUGGACGCAUUAUCAACGUCAUCAGUCAACAGAGUUUCCGCGCAUACGGAAAUAGCGGCGCGUAUGGUGCCUCUAAGGGAGGGCUUCUGUCCUUGACGCGGUCCCAGGCAGAGGCUUGGUCUCGACAAGGUGUUUUGUGCAACGCCGUUGCGCCGGGCGUGGUGGAAACGCCUUUGACAGCACCUGUGUUUAGCGACCCGACAAAGGUGGAGGCUCAUGCUGCCCGAACUAUGAUAGGACGGAACGGUAUUCCCAAGGACUUUGCAGGAGUUGCUGUGUACUUGGCCAGCGAGGCGAGCGCUGCGGUGACGGGGCAGACUAUCUUUGUGGAUGGUGGAUAUUCGGCCACAUGA